CAGUCUGUCUGUAGAGCCACUGUGAAGGAGAACCAGGGAGGAGAUGAAGGAAGAAGUUAAAAGAAAGACAUUUUAAAGAGUGGAGGAUAACGGAAGAAAAAGAAGGAAAGUGUGGAAAAGAGAAGAAAGCUAAGAAAAGAGAAGGAAGAAAGAGGAAGAGGAGGAGGUGAGGAUAAAGGAAGACAAGUUGAAAACGAGUGACAUCCUUCCUGGAGGGGGCAGAGCUACAAGAGAUGAGGUUUUGGUUCUGCUGCUGUUGGACCGCCCUGUGGAUGGUUAUCUCAGCUAACUCAUCCUUACAGACACUGUACAUUCUCAACCAGGCCAGAACCUCCUUCGAACAGGCCAAGGCAGCAUGCUCCCCUGGCAUCCUCACCACCUUUACCACUGAACAGGAGCUCCAGCAGAUCAAUGAACACCUCAGCAUGCUGACUCAGGAGGAGGUCACGGCCUGGGUCGGCCUGAUGAAGUUUAAGAAUGAGUGCACCACCUCGAUGGAGCCGCUGAGAGGGUUCAGGUGGUUGGAUGGCAGCAGCCCGGUGUCUCAGGUUGUCAGGUGGUUGGAGGAGCCGAUGAGCACCUGUACAGAGGUCCUAUGUGCUGUUCUAAGACGCCGGUCCAAGGGGGAGCUGGGUCUGAUAGCUGUCAGCUGUAAAGACCGAUACCAGUUCAUCUGCAAACAGACAGGGAGACCACCUCAAAGCAGACAGACCACCAUGACACCUACAGAACCAGAACCAACCACAAGACCUGCAACGUUAAAACCUGACCCAGUGACAUCGUGGCCCAGUCUUCCAGCACCAGGACCAGAAACCGAGCCCAGUGCCACCUCUGGAAAUGAUCCGGACUCAUGUCAGACUCCCACCAUUCCAGAAAACCGCUCCUUAAAACUGGACUCCAGUAACAGUAGUCGGAUUCAGGUGGAGUGCUGGUCCAACAUCAAGCUAAAUUUGUUCUGCUUGGGUCGGCCCGCGGUGUGGCGGAUGCUAGAUGGAUCUCCGGCUGACUUCAGCAGCAUUUGCAGGUCGUGUGAUCCGGGCUUUCAGAAAGAUGAUUCUGGACGCUGCAUGGACAUCGAUGAGUGCCUCAACGGCCCCUGUAGGUCCACAGAAAAGUGCCUGAACACUGAUGGCUCCUACAAGUGCAUCUGUGCUAACCACACCCACAACGCCACAUGUAACGAUCCAGGAACGACUGAGGACAACCAGUCCUUGAGUGGGAUUCUGGUCCCGGUUCUGGUGGCUGUUGCAGUGCUGCUGGUGCUGCUGGUGCUGAUUGCUGUGGUGGUGAAGUGCUGCUUGAUGAGGAGGGAGAAGAAACAUGCCAGAGAGGAAGCAGAGAUGAAGAUGAAGGAAGCAACAUGAGGAAGCAGAGCUACAGUGACGUCCAGUGAUGUCUGAGCUGGUCUGAUUUUCAUCAGUUAGUUUGGUUUUCAAGGUGUGUCAGUUUACCUGAGACCUGUUGCCUGGCAACGGGAUUAAACCAUCCAAUCAGAAAAGAAUAUUCCACAUCUGCCUUCAGCUGCUGCAUGAAGUGAAAAUCCUGGAACUCUGUCUGACACCAUCGCUGUGGUCAGAGAAAAUGUAAAGAUGUUGAUAUUCAGAUUUUUAGCUUAUUCUUACAUCUUAUUCUUUUAUUUGACACUUGUCCUACUGGAUUAAUAAUUAAGUUUUUUUUUUCAUUCAUUCAUUUAUGUUAUUUUUCUAAUUUUCUAAAGGCAGACGUGUAAAACUUAAGUAAAAAUCAGUAUUUGUAUUCAAAUAAAUAUAAUUAAUUUGCUUAUAAAAAAUCUUAAAAUAUAUUUGGAUUUUUUUUCCACCUGUUUGUUUUAAUAUUUUCUAACUGAAAAAAGUGUUGGAAUCCAUCUUUGUUGUGUU